GGCGCUGCUCCAAAGCUCUGAAAAACACAAACCGAUUGUUUAUUUUGUGUUUGUUUACAUUUUUUAAUUUUUUUUUUACUACAAAAAAAGAAGCGAACAACAACAUAACAAAUGGCUUCAACUUUACUAUCGCCCAUGGUGGAUUAUUACAACGAUGAAGAAGAGCUGGACAGUGUGGAAGACGACGAUGAUCGGAGCUUCAGAGGAAGAGACUCAGAGGAAGACACAGAGGAUGCCAGCGAAACAGACCUUGCCAAGCAUGAUGAGGACGACUAUGUGGAAAUCAAAGAGCAGAUGUACCAAGACAAACUGGCCUCUUUGAAAAGACAGUUGCAGCAAUUACAAGAAGGAACGCUGCAGGAGUAUCAGAAGAGGAUGAAGAAACUAGACCAACAGUACAAAGAGAGGCUCCGAAACGCAGAUCUUUUUCUCCAGCUUGAGACAGAACAGGUGGAGAGGAACUACAUUAAGGAGAAGAAGGCGGCGGUGAAGGAGUUUGACGAUAAAAAGGUCGAACUGAAGGAGAACCUAAUUGCAGAGCUGGAGGAGAAGAAGAAGAUGAUCGAGAACGAGAAAUUAACAAUGGAGCUGACAGGCGACUCUAUGGAGGUAAAACCCAUCAUGACUCGGAAGCUGAGGAGACGGCCUAACGAUCCAGUCCCGAUACCCGACAAACGAAGAAAACCAGCACCAGCUCAGCUAAAUUAUUUGCUAACAGAAGAACAGAUUAUGGAGGAUCUACGAACAUUGAAUAAGCUUAAGUCACCAAAGCGGCCAGUAUCCCCCUCGUCUCCAGAGCACGUGCCCACCGCUCCCAUGGAGAGCCCAUCCCAGCGGUACGAGGCCCGCAUCGAGGAAGGGAAGCUCUACUACGACAAAAGAUGGUACCACAAGAGCCAGGCCAUCUACCUAGAGUCAAAGGACAACACAAAGAUUAGCUGUGUCAUCAGCUCAGUGGGGACCAACGAGAUUUGGGUGAGAAAGACAAGCGACAGUACGAAGAUGAGGAUCUACCUGGGACAGCUGCAGGGAGCGUUUGUCAUCCGGCGACGGUCGGCUGCGUGAAACAUUACCCCGCCCCUCCUCCCCAACCGCCUUCUGUUCAUUUAUCCAUCCAUCCAUUCACCUGACCGCGCAUCCACCAUUUCCCCUAUUUUGGUGCAUCUUGGUUGAGUAUGACAGGUGGCCUCUUAUUCC